AUGGAGAUGGACAGAUUGUUGCCACAUUCUACGGAAACCACCAUCCUUGGGGUGACUUACGAGGGCGGCGUUGUUCUCGGCGCUAACUCCCGAACCAGUACUGGAAUGCAUAUGAUGAGUAGGCUUUCUAAUAAGAUAACUGAGCUAGCUGAUAAUGUCUAUGUUUGCGCUGACGAUGCACAAAUAGUUUCAGAUUACGUUCGCCACUUUCGAAUUCAACUUGGCCAGCCAACGACUGUCAAGUCAGCUGCAAACUUUGUUAGUUCGUUGCCCUAUAAUAAUAAGGCUAAGCGUCAAACAGGAAGGAUUGUUGGUGGAUGGGACAAAUAUGAUGGGGGUAACAUAUAUGGGAUUCCUGUUGGGGGCACAGUAGAAGAGCCGCAACGUUUUGCUAUUGAAGGACGUGAAUCUAGUUAUUUGCAUGGUUUCUUGGACCGAGCAUGGAGGGAAGGAAUGAGUCAAGAAGAAGCAGAAAAACUGGUUGUGAAUGCGGUGUCUGCAGCCAUUGCACGACAUGGUGGUGCGAGCAGCGAUGGCGCAGUUCGCGUUGUGACUAUUAGUAAAGAUGGAGCUACAGGGAAAUUGUAUCCGGCUGGUACUCUUCCAUUCAGAGACGGAUCCAGGAUUUAA